GAUUAGCUUUUUUUUCCGCCCUGACUUCGGAACACAUUCUGUGUCAUACUCCAGGCUGAUCGAUCGUCUAGUAGAUGAUUUAUCCGCACACUGUAGCAAGAAAAAAAGUGACAUCCUUCCUCCUGUUACAAUUUCCUUGCGCAAAUUCGCUCCAUUGAUUUAGGCUAAAUCUGCAAGCAGAUCCUCAAUAUGCAAACUGCAGAAACUCAGGAGACGUUCAAGAGUCGGCCUUAAAUUUCUACAGCAAAUACAUAGCAGAGAAGGGAAGGAUGUAUUCCUCACAUUCCUGAUGGAUCCACUUCUGACUUCUGGCACAAAAAAUGUAUUUUAUAUUGUAUGUGUCUCUCCAGCCUAAGGCCAGAUUCACAUCAGCUUAUUACGGACAUAUUAUCCAUCUGUAUUGUGCACAUGUGUCCCGACCACAGGUUCAGCUGACAUCAACUCACAGCAUCAUAGAUACAUGUGCACGUAACAUAGAUGGAUAUGUCUGUUACAUGUGAAUCCAGCCUCAUUGGAAUGUGAUACAUUUAUCAAAAAGUUUUAACAAUAAAUCAUAAAAUCUAUUCUUAAUCUUAACAGAAAAUCCCUGUGAGAAGCCUGAAGGAAACAUCAUCAUGUUAUCUCUAGAUUAUAAAGAAGAUGAAGACACCAGGCAGCGCUCUUCAGAAGAAAACGUCAUUACCUGUACUGUACAUCCAGGACUUCACAAUGCAGAGCCAUCAAAUAAUUCCCCCAAGAUCGAGGAACUUUCUAAUGACCAAUCACAGAUUAUCAACCCAAGUCCAAAUCUAUCAUAUAAUCAUCCUAAACAUGAGGAAUCUUCUACUGAUCAAUCACAGAUUAUUACUCCAAAUAUAAGGCAGAAACAGGGUAAAAUGUUUAAUUGUGAGGAAUGUGGAAAACAGUUCAGAUGUAAGUCAGAGCUUUCUGUACACAAAAGUUGUCACAAAGGAGAGACGCCGUAUUCAUGUUCGGAAUGUGGGAAAUGCUUUGUCAGGAAAUCAAAUCUUAUUCAACAUAAGAUAAUUCACACAGGAGAGAAGCCAUAUUCAUGUUCAGAAUGUGGGAAAUGUGUUUCCAAUAAAUCACGUUUGGAACAACAUAAAAUAAUUCACACAAGAGACAAGCCAUAUUCAUGUUCAAAAUGUGACAAAUGUUUCACACAUAAAAAAGGUCUUACUAAACAUCUCCGAAUUCACACAGGAGAGAAGCCAUAUUCAUGUUCAGAAUGUGGGAAAUGCUUUAGCCAGAAAUCAAGCCUUGAUCAACAUAAAAGAAUUCACACAGGAGAGAAGCCAUAUUCAUGUUCUGAAUGUGGAAAAUGUUUCAUAGAAAAAAAAAGUCUUGCUAAACAUCUCAGAAUUCACACAGGAGAGAAGCCGUAUUCAUGUUCAGAAUGUGGAAAAUGUUUUACAGAUAGAUCAUCUCUGCUUGCACAUCAGAGAAUUCACACAGGAGAGAAGCCAUAUUUAUGUUCAGAGUGUGGUAAAUGUUUUACAGAUAGAUCAUCUCUGCUUGUACAUCAGAGAAUUCACACAGGAGAGAAGCCACAUUCAUGUUCAGAAUGUGGAAAAUGCUUUAACCGAAAAUCAAGCCUUAAUCUACAUAAAAGAAUUCACACAGGAGAGAAACCAUUUUCAUGUUCAGAAUGUGGGAAAUGUUUUACGGAUAGAUCAUAUCUGCUUGCACAUCAGAGAAUUCACACGGGAGAGAAGCAACAUUCAUGUGCAGAAUGUGGGAAAUGUUUUAACCGAAAAUCAAUCCUUAAUAUACAUAAAAGAAUCCACACAGGUGAGAAGCCAUAUUCAUGUUCUGAAUGUGGAAAAUGUUUUAUAGAUAGAUUACAUCUGGUUGCACAUGAGAGAAUUCACACAGAAGAGAAGCCAUUUUCAUGUUCAGAAUGUGGGAAAUAUUUCAAAGAAAAAAAACAUCUUACUACACAUCAGAGAAGUCACACAGGAGAGAAACCAUUUUCAUGUUCAGAAUGUGGGAAAUGCUUUGCCAAGAAAUACAAUCUUGAUCAACAUAAGAUAAUUCACACAGGAGAGAAGUCACAUUCAUGUUCAGAAUGUGGGAAAUGCUUUAACCGAAAAAAAAGCCUUGAUCUACAUAAAAGAAUUCACACAGGAGAGAAGCCAUAUUCAUGUUCAGAGUGUGGUAAAUGUUUUACAGAUAGAUCAUAUCUGCUUAUACAUCAAAGAAUUCACAUUGGAGAGAAGCCACAUUCAUGUUCAGAAUGUGGGAAAUGCUUUAACAGGAAAUCAAGCCUUGAUCUACAUAAGAUAAUUCACACAGGAGAGAAGCCAUAGAGAAGCCAUAUUCAUGUUCAGAGUGUGGUAAAUGUUUUACAGAUAGAUGAUAUCUGGUUGCACAUGUGAGAAUUCACACAGGAGAGAAGCCAUAUUCAUGUUCAGAAUGUGGGAAAUGGUUUAACCAGAAAUCAUACCUUGAUCAACAUAAAAGAAUUCACAUAUUCCCUAUAUGACUAGAUAAACCAUAUACACAUAUCAUUUCCGUUAUGAGGUAUAGCUCCUAAACAGUUUCCAAGGGCCCCACAUUUUUAGGAAUGCUGGGCGAGUAUGGGUCUCCCAGUGGGCCAACUCUUCGAAGCGGUAGAUCUGAUCUACUCUUUCUAUCCAGGCGGGGACUGAGGGUGGGGUAUCAGUUUUCCAAAAGUAUGGUAUUAGUAAGCGUGCAGCUGUAAUAAGCAUGGUUGGCAGAUUAUGUUUUGUUGGAAUGUAAGUUUUCUGUGGGCAUUAAAGUAGGAUCAACUUGGGGUCCAGAGUUAGUUUCGUACAACAAAUUCGGUUGAUUAGUUUGCCAAUUUCCUUCCAAAGUGGUUGAAUAAGUGGGCAGGACCACCAGAUAUGUGAGAGGGAGCCUACACCUAGCCCACAUCUUCAGUUAUGUUUAUGGAGAAACUGAGGAGUUCUGUACCACCUAGUCAGCAGUUUAUAUGAAUUUUCCUGUAUUUUAAUACAUUGAUUGAAUCCAUGUGAGUGGGCUAAUAUAAAGGCCUUUUCUGGGUCAGAGAGUAUGAUGUCUAGUUCUCUUUCCCAAGUAUUCAAGAAAAGCAGCCUGGGUGGUACAAAAGAAAGUAUUGUUUUAUAUAUCGUAGAUAACGUCCUCUAAAGAUGUUGAUUUUUCUCUAGGAUAGUUUCCAACCAUGUCUUGGAUCUGGAUUGGUUAUAUGGCAAAUGUAAUCGUUUUAUGUCUCUACGGAAGUCAAGCAAAUAAAAUAAUGAGGCUGAUUGAG